AUGACGAGUUUGUCUACGUCAUCUAGUAGUGCCGGAGUGAAAAGGAAAGCUUUGUCUAUUGACGAUAAAUUGAGCAUUAUUAAACUGUAUGAUGAAAAAAUUGGUGUAUUCAAUGAACAACAAAUUGCCGACCAAUUAGGAUUGCUCUCCUCUUCGUUGCGGACCAUAUUAAAGAACAGGAAAGAAAUUGAAAAAAACCGCUUUUCAGGCAGUACGAAACGUCAAAAGGUUAGAAAUGGUAAAAAUGAGCAGUUGGAAAAUAUUUUGUUGGAGUGGUUUCGACAAGCUCGCACAUUAAAUUUGGCUGUAUAUGGUCCCGUUUUGACAGAAAAAGCAAAUGAGAUCGCAAAAAGGUUGAACGUAACGGACUUUGGCGGAUCUAAUGGUUGGCUUGAUCGUUUUAGAAAAAGGCAAGGUAUUGUGUAUCGUAAAAUUUGUGGGGAAGUCGAUGCUGUAGAUGACAACAGUAUUAAAUCGUGGAAAGAGACAAUUCAACCAAAUUUGUUGAAAGAUUAUUCACCCGAGGAUAUAUACAAUGCUGAUGAGUUUGGCUUGUUCUUAAAUUGA